AUGAAGCUGAAUUUCAGUGGCCUGAGGGCCCUGGUGACAGGAGCAGGGAAAGGGAUUGGACGUGACACUGUUAAAGCCCUGCAUGCCUCAGGAGCCAAAGUGGUGGCCGUGACACGUACCAACGCAGACCUGGUCAGCCUCACCAAAGAGUGUCCGGGGAUAGAGCCUGUGUGCGUGGACCUGGGUGACUGGGAGGCCACAGAGAAGGCACUGGGCGGUAUUGGCCCCGUGGACCUGCUGGUGAACAACGCAGCGCUAGUUAUAAAGCAGCCUUUCCUGGAGGCCACCAAGGAGGCCUUUGACAGGUCCUUCAAUGUGAAUCUUCGCUCUGUGUUGCAAGUAUCCCAGAUGGUAGCCAAGGGCAUGAUUGACCGCGGAGUGGCAGGGUCCAUUGUCAAUGUCUCCAGCAUGGUGGCCUAUGUCACCUUCCCUGGCCUGACCAACUACUGCUCCACCAAGGGCGCAAUGACUAUGCUGACCAAAGCCAUGGCCAGGGAACUGGGGCCACACAAGAUCCGGGUAAACUCUGUAAACCCUACUGUGGUGCUGACUGAUAUGGGCAAGAAAGUCACUGCAGAUGCUGAGUUUGCCAGGAAGCUCAAGGAGCGCCACCCACUGAGGAAGUUCGCAGAGGUGGAGGACGUUGUCAACAGUAUCCUCUUCCUGCUCAGCGACAGCAGUGCCUCUACCAGUGGCUCUGGCAUCCUGGUGGACGCUGGUUACCUGGCCUCCUAGACUGCCCAGAUGUUUGCACCUCAGAG